AUGGCGAUGGCACCGUCCGCAGCAUCAGCAUGCAGCGCCGUCUCGUUCCCGGCCCGCCCGGCGGCGGCGUCCUCGGCUCGGCCCCGCGCCUCCGCGGCGGGGGCGGUGAAGGGCGGCAGCAGCGGCAAGUGGUGGGCGCCGCUGCUGGGGUGGUCGGGAAAGGCCGACUACCUGGAGGCGCGAGCGCCGGUGCCUGCCGCGCAGGACGAGGCGGCGCGGAGGCAGUUCGUGGGGGUGAUGACGGAGGAGAAGGCCCGGGAGCUGCGGGCGCGGAUGGCGCAGACGGAGUCGUUCCACGACGCCAUGUACCACUCCGCCAUCGCGUCCCGCCUCGCGCGCUCCGCCUAG